GUGACGAUAGUCAAAAUAUGGCGGCAAGAACAGAACGAACGAUGUAAAAAACAGCGUCACUUUUUCAUGUUUUAUUUCAUCAGUGGUAGGGAAAAUGCGGCUAAAUUGUGAAAUAUUGAUCGUAAAUCGAUCAGCUCCUUCGCAUAACAUGCGAAACGCAAGCAAACCUACGCGUGCUUCUUUGGCCAUCGGACGAAAAGAGACUUCAAAACAUGUUGCAGUCGAGAACCGGAAGGCUGCUGUGUUUCUUUUAGUUUGUACUGCGAAGGAGAGGAACGGGGCAAAAUAUAAGGUUAAAGAGAACCUGCAGCAGGUGUUCUCAAAGUUUCUUGACAAAGGAAAGGCAACAAUUCGAUUAAAGGAACCUCCACAUGAUCUAUUUAUUAACAAGGCUGAUCCAUCAGGUCUCAAAACGUUUCUGUCGAUACUUAAACUUGGAGACAAAGAGCUACAAAAGGUCAACCUGUCCUGCCUGGCUCCUGCAAAGAUCUCAGACAUAGAAAAACCCAAAACUGAUAUGGUGAUCUCACGACGAGGUGAUUAUCCACUUGGGAAGCCUUUUCCAAGUACACUUAACAAGUUGACUGUUAACAACUGUGGACUUGUUCGAAUUGAAGCCCGUAUCCUGCAGAUGAGCAGUUUGUCAUGUUUAAAUGUUGCCGACAAUCAAAUUAAGUCAGUGCCUUGCAGAUUGACCAAUUUGUCUGGAUUGUCUGAGCUAGUUUUACGUGGCAACAGGAUCCGGGAGUUUCCACCUUCACUCUGCACUGGGGCCUUGGCAUCGUCUUUGAAGCUUUUGGAUCUCAGCCAAAAUGAAAUCAAACUUCUACCUGUGGCAUUUUGCAACUUAAAGAGCCUUGUUCAUUUAAAACUAGAUCAAAACCAUCUCCUCAUGUUACCAGUAAACAUUGGAAAGCUUUCAAGUUUACGAUUCUUCUCUGCCAGUCAUAAUCAGCUCAAGGUUUUACCUCAUAGUUUAUCUAAAUUAAAGCUGGAAUCAAUGGACGUGUCACAAAAUACCUUUCUCGAUCAGGACAAAUGGAAGAUUGUAAGCAAGUUAACUGUUCCAUCAUUGAAGGAAUGUGCAGGAAUUGCUGUCAAGAAACAUGGGUGUUCAUAUUCCAAGGUAGUCAUUCCAUCAUCCCUCUGUGUAUAUCUGGACACUGUUAAACAGUGCCUGUGUGGAAACUACUGCUUUAAAUCAUGUGUCCACUACAUUGUGACAAUCAACAUUCAUCACUUAGCCCAUACAGUGGUGUCCGUGUGUCCAACCCAAAGCCACUUACCGGCAGAAGGCUUCCUUUGUUCCAGAAAGUGUCUUCAACGGUUGCAAAACAGUAAGAGACCAUACUGGAGGUAGCUGCGCAGUGGCUUCUUAAUCCAUUUGCCCAAAAUGGACGCAGGCCAACACUAAAAUGCACAGAAACCUUUCCUCACUCCAACAAGGGUCUCUGUGAUUGAUAUCAAAACAGUAUGAGACUACACUAGAAGAAGUAUAUUUUUAUUCAAUGAAACUAAAAAUGCUGUCAAAAUUUGACUAUUACGGCAAAGAGAUUUUUUCCUAAAGUGUAUGCCCUGUAGUACACUUGAAUGAGCAAACAAAACUCAAGCAAUUAUCUGCCUCUGACCUGUAUCUGCUACACAGAUUGUAAGUUCCCUGCUUGUUGUACUUCAGUGGCACCGACAUAUUGUAAAUGCUUCUCAUACAUUGUACAUGUAGAUAAAUAAGAUUAGAGUUAAUAAAUGUGGCUGUGAUAUUAGAGUUCAUUAAUUAUUUCAUUCUCAGAAUGACAAAGCAUUUAGAACAAAGCUUUGUUCUUUGAAAAAGGUCAUGUCUGGAAGGUACUUUUUCUAAAUCUGUUGAGAUAUGAACACUAGCUAUUUAAAUCAGUGUUACUGAUGUGGACCGCGCGAAAUAACCGUUAUUAUUAAAAACUGGAUCAUUAGAUCAUGCAA